AUGAGGCCCGCGGCCAUCAUUGGGGUCGCUGCCAGUCUCUAUGCCACGGCAGCAAAUGCACUCGCUUCGUAUACGACGGGAGCCAAUGACGACAUCAGGCUUCAUUGGGGAUUCCCCAAUUCGACGAUCAAAGCAAAGACGGGCAAUAUAUACUUCAAGAUCGAUGCGCCGUCCACCUACGCAUGGGUCGGCAUUGGCGUCGGCAAGUCCAUGCUGGACGCAAUGAUGUUUGUCGUGUAUAAAGGGACCAACGACAGCGUAACGGUCAGCAUGCGGACUGGAGAACACCACACACCACCCGUGUAUACCCCGACGACCAAAGUCCAGGUGCUGAAUGGCUCGGGUGUGGCAGAUGGCAGAAUGGUGGCGGAAGUGAAGUACGCCGACUUCAACAUGGAAGGGAAGGACGUGUGGAUGUGUGCGUGGGACUCUGUAGGGCCGUUGGACCUCUCGGACAAGAAGGACGCGGUAAUUCACAAGCAUGACGGGAACAGACUCUUCACCAUCAGCCACUCGGCAGCGGCAAUAAGUUCAGAGACGAAUGUCUUCUCGGCCAGUGACGACGGGUCCGACAACGGGAUUGCGCCGUACGUGGCGCCUGUCAACUAUGAUACAAUCGUCCUGGCUCACGGAAUCAUCAUGUCGGCACUGUUUCUCGUGUUUUAUCCGGCCGGGGCCAUCAUUAUGCCGCUUUUUGGAAACUGGUUCUAUCAUGCCGUGGAGCAGUGUAUUGCGUAUCUCAUCAUGUGGGUUGGCUUUGGUCUAGGCGUGACAUAUGCUUCAUAUGCCGGGAUGUUUGGAAAGCAGACUCACACCCAGAUGGGAACCAUUGUCGUCGUGCUGCUCAGUUUCCAGCCCGUCUUGGGAUAUCUUCACCAUCUCGACUAUAAAAAGCACAACAGAACAGGGCUAUUAGGCCGAAUUCACUCGUGGCACGGGCGUGGCCUAAUGGUAGUCGGCAUCGUCAACGGCGGCUUAGGGUUACAGAUGACAGGGCAGGUGGGCAGCGCUUGGUUCAUCGCAUACGUUACUAUUGCCGUCAUCGUUUCCGCGGGUCGUCGUGGAGACGGUAUCAGGUCCUGCAUUGCGGUUGAGAUCUAG